AUGGGUGCCACAUCUUCUUUAUCCAUUCAUCUGUUGAUGGACAGUUAGGUUGCUUCCAUAUCUUGGCUAUUGUAAAUAAUGCUGCAGUGAAUAUAGGGGUUAAUAUAUCUUUUCAAGUUAGUGUUUUCAUUUUCGUUUGGAUAAAUGCCCAGAAGUGAAAUUGCUGGAUUGUAUGAUAGUACUUUUUUUUUUUGCAUUAUUUUUAAGUUUAUGUGGAUAUUUAAGUUUUUGUGGAAUGUUGACCAAAGUUAACCAUAUGCUGGGUCACAAACCAAGUUUCAGCAAAUUUCAAAGGAUUGAAAUUGACUAAAGCACAUUUUCUGAGCACAACAAACUUAAUCUAGCAAUCAAUAAUAAAAAGACAACUAGACAACUGUAGUUGUUUGGAAAUGGAGUAGCAGAUUUCUUUUCUUUUUUUUUUUUUUUUUUAAACUUUUAAUGUUUAUUUUCAAGAGAGACAGAAUGUGAGUGGGGGAGGGGCAGAGAGAGAGGGAGACACAGAAUCCAAAGCAGGCUCCAGGCUCCGGCUGUCAGCAUAGAGCCUGAUGUGGGGCUUGAACUCACGAACUGUGAGAUCAUGACCUGAGGUGAAGUUGGACACUCAACCAACUGAGCUGCCCAGGUGCCCCAUGAGUAGCAGAUUUCCAAAUAGCCCAGGAGUCAAGAAGAAACCACAACAGAAAUUAGAAAAUAUUUUGAACUCAUUAAAUGAUAAUGAAGAUGCAACAUUAAACUUAUAGAUGUGUAGCUAAAGCUGUGUUUAGAGGGAAAUUUACAGCCUUAAGUACAUGUAUUAGAAAAGAGGAGGGGCACCUGGGUGGCUCAGUUGGUUAAGUGUCCAACUCUUGAUUUUGGCUCAGGUCAUGUUCUCACAAUGGUGAUAUCGAGCCCAACAUCAGGCCCCAUGCUGAGUGUGGAGCCUGCUUGGGAUUCUUUCUCUCCCUCUCUCUCUGCCCCUCCGGUACCCACUCUCACUCGCUCUCAUGCUCUCUCUCUCUAAGAAAUAAAUAAACAUUAAAAAAAAAAAAAGAGGACCAGAUGAACAUAAGGGAAGGGAAACAAAAAUAAUAUAAAAUCAGGGAGGGGACAAAACAGAAGAGACUCAUAAAUAUGGAGAACAAACUGAGGGUUACUGGAGGGGUUGUGGGAGGGGGGAUAGGCUAAAUAGGUAAGAGGCACUAAGGAAUCUACUCCUGAAACCAUUGUUGCACAAUAUGCUAACUAACUUGGAUGUAAAUUUUAAAAGAUAAAAAAUAAAAUUUAAAAAAAAAGAGGAAAGAAAGGAAGGCAGAAAGUCAUUUAUUUUUAAGUAUCCAUCUCAGAAACCAAAAUAAUUAGCAAGGGAAAAGUGAAGGAAUGACCAUGUGGCUACCUAGGGAGUGUGUGAGAUAGAGAGAUCUGGUUCUGUGUGGGAGGAGCACACCAUAAGCAAACUGGCCAUGGGGUCAGGCUGCCUGGGUUUGUAGCUCAGCAACUCCCAAUCUGUUCAGUAUCUGAGAAGCUUUGGGUGAAUCUUUUCCUCCUCUAUAUCUGUUUUCAUAUCCACAAAAUGGAAAGGAAAUUCUUACCUCCUGAGUUUGUUUAGAGUUUUAAAUGAGUUACUAUAUGCAAACUUUUAGCAUGGUGCUUAGGCAUCUGAUUAUUUUGAACAUCUGUGUCUCUGUGAGAGAGUCACUCUUAUAGGCCCCAAGCCUGCAUCUGCCCUGCUCUACAGAUGUGAGCAGAGCCCCAAGUUCCACAUAAUGACAGAGUUCUGACAUUCCUGCAGACCCGGUUCCAACGUUCCAGCCAUUCUGUGCCUCACUGGAGUGCUGCUGCUUGAUGGCCAUCCCCAAGAGCCCUCUGAGCCCCAUGCCCUGGGAACAGGAUGGUUUCCUACGUGUGAAGGUGGAGGAUGAGGAGGCUAGCCUCUCUGAGGUCCAGGAAUCUAGCCCUGGCCACACUGUCCACCCUGAGGCUGCACGUCUUCGCUUCCGGCGCUUCUGCUAUGAGGAGGCAUCCAACCCACAUGAGGCCCUGGCCCAGCUCCGUGAACUGUGCCACCAGUGGCUGCAGCCUGAAGCACACUCCAAGGAGCAGAUGCUAGAGUUGCUGGUGCUGGAGCAGUUCCUGGGUGCACUGCCACCCAAGAUCCAGUCAUGGGUGGGUGCCCAGUUCCCCAAGAGUGGUGAGGAGGCUGCCAUGCUGGUAGAAGGUCUGACUCGGUCACUGGACAAGAGAGGACAGGAACCAGGAGCUGAGCUCUCAGAGUCAAGCUGCAAGCAGAAUGAUUUGGAAGAGUCCGAACCACUGGGUAGGGCCCCUGAAACCCUCGCGGGAGGUGGUUCCCUGGGACCUGCCUUUGGUGAUGCUCGUGAACCUGAGGGCAGCUCAGAGAGGCAGGCAGGACUCUCAGGGGAAAUCUGGACAAAGUCUGUCCCCCAAGAGAUGGAUUGCAGGAAAACUUCAGAGCCUCACAAGGAUGUUCCCACAGACCAGACCAGCUGUGAACCUGGUGCCUUGGGGAAUAGUCCCAACAUGUGGCCAAAUUUCAUCUCACAAGAGAAGACACCAGAAGAGAAAUUUGAUCCAUUGGAUGGUUAUGGGACGGAGUCGCCAUGUGUGUACUCAAGGAAGAAGUCUUCCAAGUGUGGUGAAUGUGGGAAAACAUUCCAGAGCCCCUCCGCCCUCAAAGCACACCAGAAGAGCCAUUUUCGGAAGACACCCUACACCUGUAGUGAGUGUGGGAAAGCCUUUAGCCGGAGCACUCACUUGGCCCAGCACCAAGUCAUCCACACGGGGGCAAAGCCCCAUGAGUGUAAAGAGUGCGGGAAGGCCUUCAGCCGGGUCACCCACCUAACUCAGCACCAGAGGAUCCACACCGGAGAAAAACCCUACAAGUGCAGGGAAUGUGGCAAAACCUUCAGCCGCAGCACCCAUCUCACCCAGCACCAGCGGGUGCACACAGGGGAGAGGCCCUAUGAGUGUGACGAGUGUGGGAAGGCCUUCAGCCAGAGCACCCACCUGACUCAGCACCAGCGCAUCCACACCGGGGAGAAGCCCUACAAGUGUGAUGCUUGUGGAAGAGCCUUCAGUGACUGCUCAGCUCUGAUCCGCCACCUGAGAAUCCACUCUGGAGAGAAGCCGUAUCAGUGUAAGGUUUGUCCAAAGGCCUUUGCACAGAGCUCCUCCCUCAUUGAGCACCAGAGAAUCCACACAGGAGAGAAGCCGUACAAGUGCAGCGACUGUGGAAAGGCCUUUAGCCGCAGCUCAGCCCUUAUGGUUCACCUGAGGAUCCACAUCACAGUACUGCAGUAACCCAAGAAAACCCUCGGGACACAGUAUCCUCCCCUCAGAGGCUCAACAUCUAAGAAAAACCCUGAGUUCCAAAAGAACAAAGAAUGGGGUGGGUGAUAGUACCCCAAAAUGAUGAGGUGCUAAAGGGCAGACUCUGGGGCUGUCUGGGAACAACUCUGCAUUUGGAGACCCCGAUGGAGGGGCCUAAUGAACACAAAGCUAUUCAAACCAUCUGGAGAAGCUUCCAGAAGGAUCCUGCUGCCCUCCAUACCCCACUCAGGCCCAUCUCAGAGAAAGGACAGCUGAGGUGAGGACUUGGAUUUGUCUUCAGAGCCAGGGCAAGUGAAGUUUCUUUUGGGACUCAGUGGUCCCAAGAUGCUCUGGACAGGAGGGCUCCAGCUUCAUGUUCCCAUGUAGCUGUUCUUGCCUUUUCCUCCCCUGUUUAGCCCAGGAGGGGUACCGGCCCUCGCCCACCUCCGUGCCUUCAUGCCUAUUGUUUCACUCCACCUAUUCACGUCUAACUCUAGGCCCAACCUGUGAGGCUGCCUCUUAUGUGAGGCCUUCUCCGGGCCCUCUGUCUGUUUCACAAUCUCCCUUAAUCGAGGGUGCAGCCUGAUGCUUGCCCAGCAUCCAUUUCUCCCUGCCCUCCCCUUCCACAUCCCAUCAGUCAUCAGCCCUGUUGGUUUUACUGAAAACUCACCUCUAAUCAUCUUCUCCACCUUCGUCACUUUCUGUGAGCCCUCAUCACCUCUCAUCUGGAUUCCAUCUGGGGUCUCUUGCCUUCAUUCUCUCCCCCGACCUCUCCCAUUGUUUGAUUCUCCACACCAGGGGGCUCUUUCUACAACCCAAACCUGAUUGUGUCACUCCAUGGCGGAAAGCUCUUCAGUGUACCUUCUACGGCAAACCUUCCUGAAUGGUUUAUAAGUAUGCCAAGACAUAACUCACUUUGAGCCCCGAACAAGCUCUCCAGGUACCCUCAUAUGUACAUGUGAAUAUUGUCGUUUUUGUGUGUGUGCAGUGAUGUGAAAAUGGUUUCAGAGUACUGCCCUGUGGGAAUAAUGGCAAACUCCUUCACCUGCCAUUUAUGAUCAUUUGUGACCUGGCCCCAGCCUUGUCUAUCGUAGUCUCCCCACCUUCCACACACCAGUCACGUGGAACUACUUGUGGUUCCUGAAGAAGCCAUAUUUUUCCCACCUACGUGCCUCUGUAACUGUGCCUGGAAACCUCUUCUCUUUCCUCCCUGGCGUUUCACAUAGCCCUCCCUAACAAAGCCUCCCCUACCUCUCUGAGCUGACUUCAACUUGCCUUCUAUGCUUCCAGAACACCCCCUUAACUUCUCUUCAACUUCCUGUCAUGUUUAUUUACUCCUUGCAGAGCUCGCAGUCUGUUUCCCAAAGACACUGAGAGCUUCCAAAAGCAGGGGCUGGGUCUUAUUCUCAGUACCCAUAGCACAGGACUCAGUAGGCUCUGACCUGUGUCUUCUGAAUGAAUAUACUGUGACCGGUGCCUUCCUGGAGGCAGUCAUCAUGCUCCGCCCUGCGUCGGCCUGAUGUAUGUCUACAUUGUUGUCUACCCCAACAGCCCUGGGCCCUGCAGGGCAAGAGCAAUCUGAUUUUCCCAGAGCCCCACCCGUCAGACAAGCCUGGCAUACAGUGGCCUUGAUAAAAUGUUACCAUAUUGAGUCUGCCCUUUCUGUCACCCCAGAAUCCCCCUGGUGUCAUGGACUCUGUGGUUGCCAGCAUGCUGUCAGUGUGCUGUCUGGCCUCUCACGGUUCUCUAUCCCUGACCCUCUUUCAGGGUCCAUGUCUGUAACUGAAUGUCACAGCCUCUGUUCUUAACUGUCAGGUUGUCAAUCUUCCUCUCUUUGAUGAUCCCGUUGCAUGUUAACCAUUUGACCUGCCAUACAGUUGUGUACUGUUCAUA